CGGCCGGGAGGGGCGAGGGCAGCUGCGGCCGCGCGGGCGGAGUCGGGGGCGCAGCGCGGGUGCCCGGGCUGCUGGCGACGAUCACCCCGGAAUGCCCGCGCGAGCGAGGGUGGGGUGCGGCCGCCAGCCCUGCAACCCGAGCUGCUGGCCCGGGUUAAAAAUACCCCCUGUCCUGCGCUCCCCUCCCCCGCCUGCCCUUCCGUCCCGGGCCCGCCGCCCCACCCCGGCAGGCGCUGGCCCCUCCCCGGGGACAACCCUGCCUUAGGCGAAUUUGUCCUCGCGAGCUGGCCCCGGGCCUGCCCAGGGAGGGGCGGGGAGACACCAUGAGUAAGAGAUAGUCAAAGCCGUGCCGAAGCAGUAAAGGAGAGCCAGGGGAAGCGGGUUAGGAUCCGGAGAAGAGGACCGAGGAGGGAGGAGGGCGGAGGGAGAGGCGGGGAGGAGCGCUCUUCCUGGUUGGGCCCUGUCCUGAGCUGCUACCCGGGAAGCCAGGCGCGGGGACCUCGGCGACGCCCCAGCCUCCCCUCCCCCAGGAUGGCGGAGGAGUUCAUCACACCCGUUUACUGCACGGGGGUGUCAGCUCAAGUGCAGAAGCAACGGGCCAAGGAUCUAGGCCUGGGGCGCCAUGAGAACGCCAUCAAGUACCUGGGCCAGGAUUAUGAGCAGUUGCGGGCGAGAUGCCUACAGAGUGGAACCCUCUUCCGAGACGAGGCCUUCCCCCCAGUGCCCCAGAGCCUGGGCUACAAAGAGCUGGGUCCCAACUCCUCCAAGACCUAUGGCGUCAAGUGGAAGCGCCCCAUGGAGCUGUUGUCAAACCCCCAGUUCAUCGUGGACGGAGCCACGCGCACAGACAUCUGCCAGGGAGCACUAGGGGACUGCUGGCUCCUGGCUGCCAUCGCCUCCCUCACUCUGAACGACACCCUUCUUCACCGAGUGGUUCCCCACGGCCAGAGCUUCCAGGAUGGCUAUGCCGGCAUCUUCCACUUCCAGCUGUGGCAGUUUGGGGAAUGGGUGGACGUGGUCGUGGACGACCUGCUGCCCACCAAGGACGGGAAGCUGGUGUUCGUGCACUCUGCGGAAGGCAGUGAGUUCUGGAGUGCCCUGCUUGAGAAGGCCUAUGCCAAGGUGAACGGCAGCUACGAGGCCCUGUCGGGGGGCAGCACCUCGGAGGGCUUUGAGGACUUCACAGGCGGAGUCACCGAGUGGUACGAGCUGCGCAAGGCACCCAGUGACCUCUACCAGAUCAUCCUCAAGGCACUGGAGCGGGGCUCCCUGCUGGGCUGCUCCAUUGACAUCUCCAGCAUCCUGGACAUGGAGGCAGUCACCUUCAAGAAGUUGGUGAAGGGUCACGCGUACUCUGUGACCGGGGCCAAGCAGGUGAACUACCAGGGCCAGAUGGUGAACCUGAUCCGGAUGCGGAACCCCUGGGGCGAGGUGGAGUGGACGGGAGCCUGGAGCGACAGCUCUUCGGAGUGGAACUAUGUGGACCCAUACGCGCGGGAGCAGCUGCGGGUGAAGAUGGAGGACGGGGAAUUCUGGAUGUCCUUCCGGGACUUCAUGCGCGAGUUCACCCGCCUGGAGAUCUGCAACCUGACUCCCGACGCGCUCAAGAGCAGGACCCUCCGCAACUGGAACACCAAGCUCUAUGAGGGCACCUGGCGGCGCGGGAGCACAGCGGGUGGCUGCCGCAACUACCCAGCCACCUUCUGGGUGAACCCCCAGUUCAAGAUCCGGCUGGAGGAAGUGGACGACGAAGAUGACUACGGGAGUCGGGAGUCUGGCUGCAGCUUCGUGCUCGCUCUCAUGCAGAAGCACCGCCGCCGCGAGCGCCGCUUCGGCCGCGACAUGGAAACCAUCGGCUUCGCCGUGUACGAGCUCCCUCCAGAGCUGGAGGGUCAGCCGGCUGUGCACUUGAAACGGGACUUCUUCCUGUCCAACGCCUCCCGGGCGCGCUCGGAGCAGUUCAUCAACCUUCGGGAGGUCAGCACCCGCUUCCGCCUGCCGCCGGGGGAGUACGUGGUGGUGCCGUCCACCUUCGAGCCCAACAAGGAGGGCGACUUCGUGCUUCGGUUCUUCUCAGAGAAGAGCGCUGGGACCCAGGAGCUGGAUGACCAGGUCCAGGCCAACCUCCCAGACGAGAAAGUGCUCUCAGAAGAGGAGAUCGAUGAGACCUUCAAAGCCCUCUUCAGGCAGCUGGCAGGGGAGGACCUGGAGAUCAGUGUCAGGGAGCUGCAGACCAUCUUGAACAGGAUCAUCGGCAAACACAAAGACCUGCGGACCAAGGGCUUCAGCCUGGAGUCGUGCCGCAGCAUGGUGAACCUCAUGGACCGUGACGGCAAUGGGAAGCUGGGCCUGGUGGAGUUCAACAUCCUGUGGAACCGCAUCCGGAAUUACCUGGCCAUCUUCCGGAAGUUUGACCUGGACAAGUCAGGCAGCAUGAGUGCCUACGAGAUGCGGAUGGCCAUCGAGUCUGCAGGCUUCAAGCUCAAUAAGAAGCUGUAUGAGCUCAUUAUCACCCGGUACUCCGAACCUGACCUGGCCGUCGACUUCGACAACUUUGUGUGCUGCCUGGUGCGGCUGGAAACCAUGUUUCGGUUUUUCAAAACUCUGGAUACGGAUCUGGAUGGCGUGGUCACCUUCGACCUGUUUAAGUGGUUACAGCUGACCAUGUUCGCAUGAGGCGGGGCUCCGUGCCCCCUGCUGCUCCUCUCCUUUCCUCGGCUUCCUGCCCGGCCACACCAGGCCACGCCAGCUGCAAGUGCCUCCUCGGAGCCGGAAGGCACUUCGUCCUCCUGUCCCUCCUCCCAGCCACCACAGUUCACCUGCUCUGGGCGAAGCUGCGGGGCCCUCCCUGUGCCCAGCCGUGGGCUCAGGACAGCUCCCCUGCCCAUCCCCCAUCACCAAGCCAGAAAGGCAGCUUUGCCUGUAUUCCUGCCUCAGGGCAGGGUGUAGCCCCCACACCAGCAUCCUGACGUGACCCUCGCCUGGCCUCACCUGCAGACUCUAUAACCACUAGCCGCACAGUCUGUAGUCGGGGUGCACAAUCUGCCAUCCAGAGGAAGCCCCCGGGGCCAGGAUCGCCUGUGCCUUCCUGGGCAGAAGCCAAAGCCCCCUCCUUGCCCUGCAGCCUACCCUGCUGUAGCCCUGCCUGCCUGGAGCUGCCCACCUGGGGUGGCUGGGCCUUCCUCGCUCCUCCUUUUUUUAUAUUGGUGACUUUAAAGGGGACUCUUCAGGAACUGGUUGCGGGGUACCAGAGGCACUGUGUGUGAGGCGGGGAGAUCCGUGUUUCCCUGCAGAGGAACCCUAAAUAAUAAAGGAAAAAGCCCCACA